GGUAUUUCCCGCGCUGGCUUUUGAUACAGCUGUCACUGAGCUUCAGCAGUUUUAAUAACUGAACAAUGCCGACCUCCGACUAUGAUUCUGCCUGUUUACCGGAUUUGUUGCCACUUUAUUACCGCCGACUGUUUCCGUAUUCGCAGUACUAUCGGUGGCUAAGCUAUGGUGGCGUGUCUAAGAACUACUUCCAGAACCGAGAGUUCUCAUUUACUCUCAAAGAUGACAUCUAUGUCCGGUACCAGUCGUUCAGCACACAGAUUGAACUGGAGAAGGAGAUGCAGAAAAUGAAUCCAUAUAAGAUUGACAUUGGUGCAGUUUACAGUCACAGGCCCAGCCAACACAACACAGUGAAGUCUGGAACGUUUCAGGCGCUGGAGAAGGAGCUGGUGUUUGAUAUCGACAUGACUGACUAUGAUGAUGUCCGAAGAUGCUGCAGCGCUGCAGAUAUUUGCUCCAAGUGCUGGACUCUGAUGACUAUUGCCAUACGGAUUCUGGAUCGAGCACUGAGGGAUGACUUCGGCUUCCAGCACCUCCUGUGGGUGUACUCGGGCAGGAGAGGAGUGCAUUGCUGGGUUUGUGACGAAGCUGCCAGGAAGCUGUCAGUGGCGGCUCGUUCAGCCGUGGCCGAGUACCUCAGCCUGGUCAAGGGAGGUGAGGAGACUCUGAAGAAAGUUGUGCUGUCAGACCCCAUUCACCCUUUCAUCAGCCAGUCUCUUCAUGUAGUGGAACACUACUUCCCUCAGUACGCAAUCAUUGAACAGGACCUGCUCGGCAGUAAAGAAAGCGUUGACAAAGUGCUCAGCCUGUUACCUGAAGAUGUCAGGAAAGAUCUGUUAAACAUUUACCAGAAUGAGAAGAACCCAAUGAAGCGCUGGGAACAACUAAGAACUGCAGUACACCAGAAACGGAAUGCCGGUAAGAAGGGAGCUCAGUACUCUGACAAGGAGAUCAUGCUGCAGUACUGUUAUCCACGCCUGGACGUGAAUGUCAGCAAAGGGGUCAACCAUUUACUGAAAAGUCCGUUCAGUGUCCAUCCUAAAACAGGUCGAAUUUCUGUACCAAUUGACUUAAAACAUCUGGACAAAUUUGAUCCUUUCGAAGUUCCUACAAUCAGCCUUAUCUGUGAAGAGCUGGACAAACCCCUAGCUGCCGAGGAGGAUGAGGAGGAGAUAAAGGAUAAAGAAAACGAAAUGGAACCUGGUGAACAGCGCAAAAUCAGAGAUUACAAGAAGACUAGCCUGGGCACCUAUGUCAAGCUGUUUGACCAGUUUCUGGACGCCAUGGCCCGUUCUAGAAAAGGAGAGAUGCUGAAGAAAAGUGAUCUCCAGAAAGAGUUUUAAUGAGUCACUUAUGGUCCAAACACCUGCUGAUUUGUCAACCAAGAAGUGUCUGAGAACCUACGGCCUUACUGGAUUGUUUGACAACAGAGCAGAAAUUGAACCAGUAUGGAUGUCACACUCAUGUAGAUUUUUUAAUGUUUAAUUGUAAAUUGUCAACCCAGACCAAAUUAUCAAUUAAUCUAAAAACAGUAGGGCGACUUUCAUUUUGGGGAGUAUCCCUCUGAACGGAUUUUGUACUGUAGAGAAAUGUUUUUCUAGUCUAUACUGUGUAUUUUCUUAACUGAGAAAUAUUCAAUGUAUUGUAUAUUAUUUUCUAGCACACAAGGAGGAAAAACAAUAAAUAUAGCAUUUAAGUCUAAAUUCA